AUGAUUCCCAAGGGACUAUUACAAAGCGCAAGGGUGGUGCUUACUACUUUCUAUCUACUGCUAAUACUCGUUACAAUUCCGAUAUCGUUCCAAGUCGGAGGACUUUACUGCGGACUUUCCUUCACCGUAACACUGUUUAACCUAUACUUGGUGACUACUACAUUAAAGAUAGCCGCUGGGGCGCGUGGUCUUGCGAAGUUGGCAACGGUGGCAUACUACGCACAGCAUUUUUUCAUCCCAUCACUCUUGUUUUUGUUCCUGUCUGGGUUUUCCCACGACGAGCUCAAAAAACAGAUUGACACCAACACGAGGCCAGAUGAGUCUCUGGUUAACCUACUUCGCAGCGCGACUAAGACACAAUCAUGGAUAUUUUACUAUUACUAUUACCAGUACGUUGUACGCCCGUGGCAAUAUAUGCUACUGAGGUCGACCCCGUAUUUCACUCUUUUAGAAGGAUUUUUUACUGUUCUGGGAAUUCAAGCCGUUGGUGAGACCAACAGAUGGCUUUCACGUACCCAGCUUAACUCCAAUUCUUGGGUGAUAACGGGUCUCAUGGCGUCAGGAGGAGUUAUUACGGCAGCACUAUAUUAUUUGUACCGGAUUUACGUGACACCCAUUUGGGAGCUAGAUGUUCAAACCGCAUCACUAUUAGGGUUCACAUUUUCUAUUGUUUGCGGGCUAGGCAUCUACGGAAUUGUGUCAGGUCGCGGAUCAACGAUUGAGUCAUCGUUAUUUUUCGCGUACAUCGUGCGGUGUCUGUACGAGAUAUCACCUCAGUUGGCGACCAGUGCGAUGGAUGAAAUAUUCAACUUGGUCAAAGAAACUUGGCAAAAUCAGAACCACAACUUACGGUCUCCUGAUAGCCUCCUGGCUUACUACCGUGAUCGAAUUUUAACCAAUGGUGAAAUGGUUUGGGACGCUAUUCUUGAACAUACAACUAAUGUUACUUCUAACUCAACUCACCCAGCAGUUUGGGUCUCGUGGCACCAUCUAAAGCCCGUGUGGAAUUUUGCAAAGCAUUUUACUUCGAGCGUUCCAAGUUCGAUUCAAGAAGUUUUUAAUCUGACAUGGGGUAUGGCUAAGGAAGCUAUUGCUCCCGCGGUUGUUAUCAAUUUAUGCUUUCGAAUUUUGAUUUUCUAUUCCGCCACAAGAAUAAUACCGGCGCUACAGAAAAAACACAAGCGUAGAUCUCGUCGGUUUAUGCGAAUGUUGUACUUGUACAGUCCUUGCAUCGUGAUUGCCAUGUAUACGCAUUUGAUCUUGCAAUACUCGGGCCAGAUUAGUAACGAUUUAUGUCUAUGGGGUUGUUUUCCGUGGUCUAGUGAGCAAAGUACAAAAAUUGUGGUCGAUUCGUGGGGUUUUUGGAAUUGGUGCAAUAUUUUUUGCACUAUGGCAAUUUAUGCCUCCGAGCUUUUCGGUUAG